UAAGGCUACUUUGAUAACGUACAUACAUCGACAGAAAGACGCAGAAGUUCCCCGGUUGCCGUUUGAUUGCAAGAUGAACGACCAAUAUCAUCACACAGUAUUACUGCUCAUAGUUUUGACGGGUUUUAUCACACAAGUAAAUGUUAUAUUACAGAGAGCUACAGAAGUUUGCUGGUCCAGGCAUCGUAUUUUCAGCAAGUAAACCAAACACUACACACAUUGCCAGCGACGAUAAUAUAAAAAUCUCUCGGAGAAGUAGAUCACUUUUACGAGACUCUUGUAAAGAAUCUAGUGACUACGAACUGGUGACAACUGGUAUAAAUGAAAUAUCCCAAAGAGUGGCGUUAUACGAAAAUACAUGGAUCUAUACGAGUCGCUGUGCGUCCGUCAAUUCCAGUUGUAAAGGUGUUAUACGUGUACAGUCAGCCUGUAAACAGAAAAAAGGAUGGGCUAAGGCGUAUGCACGCAAAAUUAUCAAUGGCCGGCCUCAUGGUUCAUACUCCUGGCAAUGGAUAUCAGUUGAUCGAUCUUGUAACUGUGCGAUAUCGUUUAAUUAGGACCAUAUUACGGAUUGUUUGAUUAUAAAAGUGGUCUGUGGAGAUGCCCGAUGAUAAGAUAUUAAUGGCUCUUAUAUAAUAACUCCAUCUUUUUGUAAGAGAGUUGGAGGCGUCUUCAUCCAAGGACAAUUGUUGGUCUGUCUCUCAUUAGGCUACUUACUUAGACUUAAUAGACGUGGGGCUACUUGCUAGACCUCUAAAACAUCACAUUUUACGAAUUCACGUUGACAUGUGUACAGUAGAGGGUCUUUCUAGUAAUAAUAUCAACAGGGCCUACUUAGCGAUUUCAUUUGGCCAGUUAUUUCUGCUCUCAACAACACCACUUUUCAUUUCAAAAGGGAUUGGAUACGUACUUAAUAAAACCCCUCGUAAACUGUAAGUCUAACUUUGUCACGUGGUAUUAGAAGUUAUUUUUUAUAUGACUGUAUUACUUGUUGGUUGUAUAGCGCUUUUCUUUGCAGUUAUGAAGCGCUCUGCAAGAUUUUCCCUGGUCAUUGGGUCUACAUGCUUAAAUAAUGCUGUCAUAUUGGCACCGUAGCAGGACACCCCACCAGGUACCCAUUUAUACUACUAGGUAGAGAAAAACAACGCAGAUAAAGUGCCUUCUCAAAGACACAACAGCAAGGGAUUCAAACCCCUACCUCGAGGUUGGGAAACCAAGCCGUUCCCGCUGUGCCAAGCCGUUACUACUAGAAGCAGA